CUUUCAAAGCUCAGCAGCAGCAGCAGCAUCAGGAGGAGGAGGAGAGACGAGCGCAUCCCAAAGUUUGAGGCUGCAGCUGUUCGGACACCGCGGACACAAUACGGGACACUUGAUCAGGUGGUGAGUUCAAAGGACCAGGACGUAACCAGGAACAUCUGAUGACACCACGUCUGGUAGCGACCCUCUGUCAUGUCCGCUGAAGAGCCCCAUGAGCAGAAUCUGCAUUCAACAGACUGAAGAUCCGACUGGAUGAAGCCGCUUUCCAUUCAUGACAAUUUAACAAAUUCUACUUCUCAGAACUUUCAUUUUCUACCUCUUACUGCUGCUCCUCUUGUCAAGAGACGCAGCUUUUGAAGACUCGUUGGAACACUUGACAGCUCCGACCCACUCGUCACGCUCCAACAAGCCGGGCAGAGAGCGAGAACGUUGCAUUUAGCAGGCAACUUUAGGAAAGGUGAUGCACUGCUUUAUAUUCAGGGGCAUCGAUCCACUGACCUGCUGAUCUUAUUAGUCUCACACACACACACACACACACACACACACCUGGUGCUGCUGGCCUCUGCAGAUGCUUUAAAUAGUCUUGUGUCUGGCUCUACACCCAGACACACACUUCAACAGCUAGACCCAAUUGGGUGUUAGAAGUCCAUCUGCACGCUAUUAACUCCCAUAGAGAACGCUGACCUUGACUGUGAUCAGACACGUGUUGGUGUGUUUGCAUUAGCGGGAGGCGGUGUCACGUCCUGCCUGCUCUGAUUGAGAGUGAGAAUGAGAGCUGAUGUGGCAGAGUGGCCCUGAUAAAUACUCUAAAAAUAUUAAUUACCGCCUUAGAGUCGCUCACUCGAAAAAGACAGCCAUAGAGCUUCAUUACAGUGUUUAGCCAGUUCCUCAAAAUGUGUGAUACUAAAACAUAGUCUGUGUUAAUUGAAAAGCGUGUGCGUGCGUACGCAUGUAUGUCUGUCACAUUGUCAGAGCAGAUUAGGGCCAGGCCUUUCUGGGUCACGUCACUUUGACUGACCUAGAUUUGACUAAAUCAACUGGCCAGCAGAGGAAGAUGUGUGUGCGAGUCCUGCCGUGACAAAUACAUCACACUCUCUGACCUUGAAGAUUGCUCUGCGGUCUUCUUACUUGCUAACUACCUGCUGACUUUGGCUACUUAACUUCUUAUAUAAGCCACAUGCCCUUCACACAGCAAACAGGAAAAACUAUCUAGAACACGAAAACCAACUUUUUUAUUAAGCCUCAUAAUCAAACUCCCAGUUUCCACUUUGGCCUUUCCCACUGCACCACCCCUCAUGAACGCCUUCCCGUCCUUCUCCGCUCCUCCUCCCAAUACACCAACCAUCCAGUCAGUGUGUAAGCCCUGCCUACGGGCUCCGUGGAGGAUGAACGAUGUGCCCACACUUGACUACGAGUUGCUGCUGUCCCCGGCCAGCUCCUCCCUCGCCGGCAGUCCUGGCGGUGGCAGCAGCAGCCCCCCUCUGGCCUUGGUCGGGGUGGACACUGAGCAGCGCACCGCCUUGGCCUUCGUAGGCCUCCUCAUGCUCUUCCUGGUCUUCCUGCUGGUCAGGUGCUUCAGGAUCCUGCUGGACCCCUACAGCCGCAUGCCUGCAUCAUCCUGGACUGACCACAAGGAGGGGCUGGAGAGGGGUCAGUUCGAUUACGCACUGGUGUAGAGUGAUGUGUAAAGAGGGGGUGGAGAGGGGAUGAUUUCAUUGCACAUAGUCAGAAUCUUGAGAGAAAUUUAAAUGUGGGAAUGGACUGUACCAUGAAUGCACUCUGACAGGGGGGGUUUACCUGAUGUUGGUGUAUGCCUGGUUUAUAUCACUGUACUGCAGCCUGUGUACCGGUGUAAAUAUGAGGCUGCAGGAUGCUAUGUAAGCAAGUUCGGUUGAACAAUAGGCACACAGACCACUGGAAGCCAAACACCCAGAUGUUGGACCAUGAAGGACAGAACUAAUGAGCUGCACAGCUGCCUUAACCUGACCUACUGUACCCGUCAAACAUGCUACAACAUCACAGCAUCACCUUAGGGCUAGGUUUUCCAAACUCCACAGCUUGCCAGUAUUAAAACACUAUGAUUUUGGUAAAGAUCACCUUCACUCACGACAUAGUUUAUAACCUCAAAGCCACAUUGUUGAUGAGAACACUUGACUCGCAGAACUUAAAUGAAGGAGUUUACACUGAAGCAGACGCCCCUUUAAUAAACCAGUGUCCAUUGUAAAGCAUCCAAGUGUUAAGUGCUGAUUAAGGAGCACAAAUCCUCACAUUUUUAUUUGGUUUCGGACACUGAUCCUGGAGCAGCACUGCAGUUUCAGAUGCUUUUGAAGCAGGUAGUUUGUGUCUCCAUACAGUUUUGUCUGUGUAUGUUUUGUGUGUUACCGUGUCUAUAACUGAGAAGCCAUAUUGAAACUAUAAUCUCUUAUUACUGCGAGUAGAGUUUAUGUUCACUGGUUGUGUCCUUUGCUUUAGUCAGCCUGCCAAGUGUGGUGAUGAAGCAAACAGCAACCUUUAGGCAAAAGAAAGCUUUAUUUUUCUAUUCCUGACUCAAGUUUGGGAGUCUCCUUUUUGCUAUCUUUCUGUCCUCUUCCUCUUACCGUAUCAAUCUUUAGACUGUGGAUUUUUUGAGGUAGUCAUGCAGCCACGUCUUAGAAGGAGGCAAAGCAGGUAGCUUUGCUUUUCUUGUGUUUUGUAAUUACAUAUUUUUCUGACUAUCUGCUUUGUUUUUGAUACACUGGGUUGAAUCCGUAAAAAUAAAUAGAAAAAAAAACAAGAUUUUCUUCUUCUUCUUCCUAAAUUCCACAGAAAGCUGGACUGUGUGGAACGUCCACAUUGUUCA